GCUGAUUCCCGGGGCUUUGUUGCCCUCACCUGUAGGUAAUGGGAAAGUCCAACCUCCUUCUCUCUAUUCUGUAGCAGCUCAGAGCAAACCCGGGGGAAAUCCAGGCAAGCGCAGGGGGAGAUGCUCUCUGCGUAUGAGGACAGAGAGGGGGCAUCUGGGGACCCUAAAAAUGUCAUCUGUCUCCAUCAUAUCUGGAACUACUGCAUGCUGGGAACCGACUGCGGGGAGAUGCAUUACCCUUUGCCCUACCGCUGGCAGCAGCUGGUUGGCACCGAGUGGCAGGACUUUACUGACAUGGAGGCGGCGGAGCGGGCGUUCUGCCACCCUGAGAAUGACAGUUACGUGGGGGUUGAUUUUGAAACCAUGACAUACGGAACCAGCCUCAUCCGGCGACUGUCCACGGCUUCAUCGGUUACGCAACCCCCCGAGUCUGUUCUCACCACAGAUUGGAUCUGGUACUGGCAGGAUGAACUGGGAAGCUGGAUUGAGUAUGGAAAGCCAAACUCAGCGAUGGUGAGCGCUUCCAUAACGUCGGCCCUCUUGGAGAACCACUACCUCGAGCGGAAAUCCACGGUUCAAUUCCAGGCUGGAAGUCAAUACUAUGAAAUCAAAUUCAGAGAAAUGAUUCAGAGAAAUUGUAAUUACGAGACCCCAAGACGAGUCAGGAGGAGACCCACCUACCGGUCCUCUCAGGAUGUUCAGAAACUUAGGGGGACCACAAAACAAAUAGUGAGUAGUUCUCCUUUGAAUGGAAAUUACCCUUCGAACUGGGACGCCUCCGCCCUGCCGGAUAUUGGCUAUAAGUUGGUGAGCGUCCCGGAGACUUCCCAUGAGUACUUGCAGAUCUUCAUCCUUUUCGACAGGACCAUGUCUGGCCAAACAGUGAGGGUCCAGCGCAUCCAGAACAAGUCUCUCUGGGAGGUCUACCAGUGGCAAAAGUUGCAGAUGCAGAAGGCAAACCCGGGGAAGGCGGUGGAAGAGAUGCAGCUGUUCCACGGGACCGACCCGUCUCACCGAGAGGCAAUCUGCCACCAGAACUUUGAUUGGCGAAUGUGCGGCACUAACGGAACUGUAUAUGGGGAAGGGAGUUACUUUGCCAGAGACGCUUCCUACUCCCAUAACUACUCAGUCCCCACAGCUACAGGCAGGAGAAUGAUGUUUGUGGCGCGGGUGCUGGUGGGAGACUAUGUGACGGGAGACCCCACCAUGAAGCGGCCCCCCCCGAGACCCGGCAGCGCCACCCAAUGCUACGACAGCUGCGUGGACAGACUGCCCGACCCGACCAUCUUCGUGGUGUUCGAAAAGCAUCAGAUUUAUCCAGAAUAUCUCCUGGAGUACGAGCCAAGGAAUAUAGAAAUGUGUUGUAUCAUUUAGCAGAGCCUCAGGGAACUUUCAUAAUUGUCUAAAAAUGUAUUUACUGUGUAUCUGGGGCUAAAGGUAUUAUAGUAAAAUAAAGGUGCAAAUCACAGCA